AUGAAGUUGACUCUCUUCUCCAUUGCAGCGCUCUGCGCUCCGGCCGUCCUGGGAGCCGCUACUAGGCCAACGGAAGUGAAGGACCAUGACCGUCAUGCUGUCAACAAGCACCCCAAGCCCCCCUGCAAGCUCGACGUCGAGUGCCAGGAGUUCCUUUCCCACCUCCACGAGAGCGGCGCCGAGGGUGGCGGUAUCGCCGCAGAGGCUGGUGAAGCCCAGGCAUCAAACUCGUGGUUCCACGAAUUCUCCAGUGGCCAGGGCGCGGCAUACGCAAAGUGUGAGAAGCAACUUACCGCCUGCGGCUACGACCUCAGCAAGUUUCACGCCAAGGAGCAGGACCAUCACAAGGGUGGAAAGGGGAAGGGCCGAGAUGGCGAUGAUGAUGAUGAGGAAGAGUCUGAGGACGAGGAGAAGCCCAAGAAAGAGCGCAAGAAGGGCAAGAAGAACCGCAAGGGGGACAAAGACAAGGAUGACGACAAGAAGGACAAGGACGAAGACAAGGAUGAAGAAAAGGACGAAGACAAGAAGGAUGAGGAUAAGAAGGCCAAGGCCGAGGACAAAGAGUAA